GAUACGGGAGAGUGUAGUCACGGGGGGAACUUCUCCUCUGGGGCAACUACGACAGAAGAAAACAAACACCGUGAGGAGUUACCACUCAGUCUGGAGCUGAGACGAAGUUAAACGAUGUACUGCAGACAAGUGACACGCAUCCAGUCCUUGCGGGCAAGCGAACUUUUUCUCCACUCUGAUGUUUUGUGAAUUUUAAAGAAGACGAGGACUCAGGGAAUUAAAUGAACUGUGGUGGCCGUGAAAUCAUAAUACUACCGGCAUACGGGCCUUUCUCAGUCGACAGCGCAGCAGCUCCUGUACCCAGCUGACCAGAUGGGUUGCAAUUGCUGUCGGAUGAUCAAAAGCUACAUCUAUGACCCCUCGGUGCCAGUGGACGUUCAUGGGCGUAAGAGGGACCUGCCGGGCAGCUCGCUGUACGUUCCCCACCUGCAGGAGCCCGAGGACAGCGACAGGCUCCAGAAGAAGCAGGGCUUCUACAACCUGGGCUACAGCAACAGCGGCGGCGUCGGCUCCGGCCCCAACCCGGGCGCCGACGGAAACACCAAGCUCGACAUCGAGAACAACCACAUCAACCGCCUCCACGGAAACAGCCCUCCUGCCGGCAACGCCAACCCGGAAUGGACGGGCGUCGGAAAGGGAGGAGGAGGAGGAGGCAGAGGAGGUGGAACGGACCCUGACAUACUAGGAACUCCACAACACAAGGAGCAGCCCACCCUGAGAUAUGCCCCUCCGCUCCCAAGUGUGCCCCCCAUCUACCAGCUCCCCUCCUCCGGCGGCCCCACGCGGCCCUGGGACAGAGAGCUCCUGAGUGGCAACGCGGUGAUGCGCAUUGAGCCCUACAUCCUCCAGGACAGGCUGGACGGGGUGGAGUGCUGCGUGGACGGCCGCAAAGACCCUGACGACGACGACGACGAGAGGGAGAGUGGCGUGGGCAGCACCCCCGAGUACCUGGGGGACACGGGGGACGAGGCCAGUGUCCUCUCCGGGGACAUCAACACCAGCUCCACCAGCCUGUCCUCGGCAGACACUAGGCCGGGGACGGGGGACGACAGGAGGGGACAGAGAGAGGUGGACGGACGGGAGGACAGGGACGACUGCCAGAGCGUCACGGACUCCAUGGUGGCCGAGGCUCUGGCCGCACUAGAGGCGGCCACUGCAGGCGAGGACUGUGACUGACACCCACAGGGUCAUGUGACUGAGAUGGGAAUAGAUAAUUUUGUAAAUAAACGUGGAGACUGUUCGGUAGUUUUUAUAUCUUUGAUGGUUCUACAAGGCUUUUAGAAAGCCUCUGUAGAUCAGCAUAAUGAAGUUCCAUGUCUGAAUGAAAAUUCAAGUCUUGCCAUAAUGGUGGACAAAGAGUGACUUGAAACUGUUUACGAAAAUCUGCUUGUGACUUGGCUGUGAAAGCUCAUUUCCACUGAUAAGUGAACUAGAUAUUUUUGCCACUUUGCCAAGGAGGCUCUACCUGAGUAACUCAUGCAUUUUCCAUGCGCACCUGGGGAAUCAGACCUUACUUCAAACAAACCUUCCUUGUUCCAAAGUUCCAAUUGUUCCAAUUCCCAAAUAUUCUAUACAACCAUUCUGAAGGUUAACUGCCAUGUUUUUUCCACUCUUGCCAUUUUAAAAAUACCAAAUAUCCCAAUUGUAUGUGCACCGAUUCUAAUGGAUGACAUACUCCAGUUUGUGUGUACUUAAUGGGCACUCUAUUCUUUUGUUUUAAUAAUAAGUCUUUUGUUGUAAUCUGUAUAUUUAUUUGAUGUCCCAACUACAAUUUUCUCAUGGACUUUUGGUUCAGGCUUCAUGGGAACCUGCAUUUUCCCAAACCCAGACAUUCAGACAUGCUUUUGUACCCAGGCCUUGUGUAUGUGAUAGUUACAAAAAAAGAGAAACUAUCUUCCUGUUAUUUAUACACUGCGUAUAAUGCAAUGAUGUCAGCGGUAGCGCUGCCUGAGGUCCAGACGUCUGACACGUGACUGGGAGCUGGCAGACUGUUGCUCGGAGCGAUGGCGGCGGGGGUGUCUGUCUCCGGUCUGCCGGUACGUCCUGUCAUCUCAUUGCGCACAUGUCGUCAGCGUCUGUGCCGCCGCCGCAGCCCACUCGGCGGGGCAGGCAGGUGUGAGUCCAGGAUGCCACCGCCAACGACGACUCGAGGCUACCAGGCAGGGACUCCCUUUGGCUGUGAUCCCAAGAGUGGCCUCCAUAGUGUCAGAUAUCCGACAUAAAGAAGUGGCCUACGAGAAGGACCCUCGGGAGGGAUAGCGGAGGGGGGCGAGGGAGACAUUUGGAACGCUGCACUCGGUGGAAUAAGCACAUGGAUGCAGGACUACAGCUCCUGCCAUGAACAGCAUGAACUCCUGCUCCAUCUGGUACAUGUUUGUUUUUCAACAAGUAUGCCUUUCAAUGAAGGAAGUUUUUGGAUAUUCAGACUGAAAUGGAGACAAAAAUCCAGUCAACGUUUAUAGGCCAAAUUCAUUUCUCAGUUCUGUUCUUUUUUUAUGUUACGUAUGUCUUGAAAAUAGCCAAUGAAUGUGCUAUGAAAUGUACUGCCAAGUAGCUUGAAAUGAAGUCCACAUAUGACUAUUUUUAUAUCAGGGUGGAUGACUGUACAUUGGAAAGAGGAGUGAGUGAGAUUAUAUUUUUGUGGUUCCUCUCUACAGUACCAUGGAGGCUUCUCAGGAGACUGGCAGGAGGUGUUGUCUUGUGUACAAUGGAAAAAUAAAUAAAAUAUUUGAUUUCA